CUGAUGAGCCUGGACCAGAGGGCCUGACCUCCACCUCCCUGCUGGAACUCCUGCCACCCACUGGCCUGGAGCCGCUGGACUCUGAGGAGCCCAGUGAGGCCAUGGGCCUGGGAGCUGGCCUGGGAGCCCCCGGCUCGGGCUUCCCCAGUGAAGAGGGUGAGGACUCCCGGAUCCUGCAGCCACCACAGUACUUCUGGGAAGAGGAGGAGGAGUUGAAUGACUCAAGUCUGGACCUGGGGCCUACUGCAGGGACAGGCCGUGGGUUUAGGAGGCAGAAGAUGGGAGUCAAGACUUCUACAAACACACAUUGCUCUCCUUUCUGCUCUGGGCCAGCUACUGUGUUAGUGAAUGAGCUUUCGUCUCCUGAAACUCAAUCCAGAAUCCCCUGGGAUUCUACUCAGGUGAUCUGCAAAGACUGGAGCAACCUGGCUGGGAAGAACUACGUCAUUCUGAACAUGACAGAGAACAUAGACUGUGAAGUGUUCCGGCAGCACCGGGGGCUGCAGCUCCUGGCCCUGGUGGAAGAGGUGCUGCCCCGUCACGGCAGCGGCCACCACGGGGACUGGCAUAUUUCCUUGAGCAAGCCCAGCGAGAAGGAGCAGCACCUUCUAAUGACGUUGGUGGGCGAGCAGGGGGUGGUACCCACCCAAGAUGUCCUUUCCAUGCUGGGCGACAUCCGCAGGAGUCUGGAGGAGAUCGGCAUCCAGAACUACUCCACGACAAGCAGCUGCCAGGCACGGGCCAGCCAGGUGCGCAGUGACUACGGGACACUCUUUGUGGUGCUGGUGGUCAUUGGUGCUAUCUGCAUCAUCAUCAUCGUGCUGGGCCUGCUGUACAACUGCUGGCGACGCCGGCUGCCCAAGCUCAAGCAUGUGUCGCACGGUGAGGAGCUCCGCUUCGUGGAGAACGGCUGCCACGACAACCCCACGCUGGACGUGGCCAGCGACAGCCAGUCGGAGAUGCAGGAGAAGCAGCCCAGCCUGAACGGCGGCGGGGCCCUCAACGGCCCGGCGGGCUGGGGCGCGCUCAUGGGGGGCAAGCGGGACCCCGAGGACUCGGACGUGUUCGAGGAGGACACGCACCUGUGAGCCAGCCCCGGCGCAGGGAGCACCCGGAGCCCAGCGCCGCCCCCUUCGCCCAGCGAUCUCGGCACAGCUGCCCGCUCCCGCCGCGGCCCCUGGG